UUAAGUUUAGAAGUAUUCUAAGGAUUUUAGUAACUUGUAAAAAUUAAAUUAAUGUUAUAUAUUGGGUUAAUUCUUUUAAGCGAAAUUAUUGUACUCAAGACUUUUUAGAGAUUGUUUGCUCUGAAUAGUCUGAUCUUUUCCCCCCCCUUCUUUUAAACACUUAGCUUCCAUCUUGAACACUGAGUAUCAGUUCCAAGGUGGAAGAGUCAUAAAGGCUAGGCAUUGGAGUUAAGUGAUUUUCCAGGGUCUUACAGCUAGGAAAUAACUGAGGCCAGGUGAUUUGCAGUCUAACCUUUAAAGUAUAUAAUAUAAGCACACCAAAUAGCUCUCCAUUAAGUAUCACUUGAAUAGUCAUGCUAAGUAAUUCAGCCAUUUAUUCAGCAAACAUUUAUUAAGGAUUCAGUAUAUGCAAAGCACUGUGCUCAGUUUUAGGGAACAUGUCAGUACUGAUCUUGGAGACCUGACAAUCUAUUAGAGGUUAAUUAUGUCAUUGCCUUUGCCAGUGGUAGGGAUGGAUAGCUAGAAGUCUGCCCAGCUGUUACAAUUCAGGCUGGAUCUGACCAUUGCUUUCUCAUAUUCUGGUGCGUACCAUGUGGGAGCUCUGGCACAGGCCUUUGUGAGCACCUCCACAUGUCAUACAAGGGGAGGAAAUCCAAGACCAAAAGUUGUGGAUACUUCUGCCACCUUGUGCCUUUCAGCCUGAGCAAGUCUCCUGUGUGGAUUUGAUUCACUUUCAUCACAACAUCCUGAUUUAAAAGUGUGCUCUUAGACUGCCAAGAAUAAGCUGCUUUUCUUAUACCAACCAAUUAUCUGAGUAUCAGCUCCCUGCCUGCUCUUUGGAAGCCUUAGAUACCUUGGUGGACAGAUGAAGAAACUGGUUUAGAAGACGAAAGGACUGCCAGUGGUCAUGAGUCUUGUACAUGGUGAAGGGUCUUCAGUCUUCCACAAUGAACCCUGUUUACAGCCCUGUCCAACCUGGGGCUCCCUAUGGUAACCCCAAGACCAUGGCCUACACAGGUUACCCGACUGGUUACCCAACAGCUGCCCCAACCUACAACCCCAGCUUGUAUCCAACCAAUAGCCCAAGCUAUGCUCCAGAGUUUCAGUUCCUGCAUUCAGCUUAUGCCACACUGCUGAUGAAACAGGCCUGGCCCCAGACCUCAUCGUCCUGUGCCACUGAAGGUACCUUCCACCUCCCGGUGGACACUGGGACCGAGAACCGAACUUACCAAGCUUCGUCGGCGGCUUUCAGAUACACAGCAGGAACACCCUACAAGGUCCCACCCACCCAGAGUAACAAUGCACCACCUCCCUACUCUCCAUCACCUAAUCCUUACCAAACGGCUAUGUACCCUAUUCGAAGUGCCUAUCCCCAGCAGAACCUGUAUGCCCAGGGAGCAUAUUAUACCCAGCCCGUGUAUGCCGCCCAGCCCCAUGUUAUCCACCACACUACUGUCGUCCAGCCCAACAGCAUUCCAUCAGCUAUCUACCCAGCACCUGUGGCUGCUCCCAGGACCAAUGGGGUAGCGAUGGGCAUGGUUGCUGGAACCACCAUGGCUAUGUCAGCAGGUACCCUGUUAACUACCCCACAACACACUGCAAUCGGAGCUCAUCCCGUCUCCGUGCCAACAUACCGGGCCCAAGGGACGCCCACGUACAGCUAUGUACCUCCACACUGGUAAACUUCAGCAGCCAAUUCACAUUGGGAGUCAGACAUGGUAUGCAACAACUCGUCUUACACCCGGUGCUGGCAUGAUUCCAGACCAGCGCCAUGCUCGUCUGCAAGAACAACCACUGAAAAGUGCCAGGGUCACUUUAUGCAUCCUUUAGUGUUUGGGGUUUUUCUUUUUCUUUCUUUUUUUUUUGGGAAAAAGCUGCAUUUUCUGAUCUUCUCCCUCUUCCCUGGGCCCCUUCUGCCAGUCCACUUCCCAUCGCAUCCCCCAGAUGACAACCCUCACUCUGACCCUGGCCAGUGGUCCCAGUCUCUUUAGUCUUCUCAUUUCUAGGCCCAAGCGUUCAGUUUCGGGGUGGCAUACCCUCUGCUGGUGUUUUGUUUUGAGUCGUUCAGACAGCGACUGGGUCGGUUUGUUUGUUCCUUGUAGCGAGAAUGGUGCGUGGUAUGGCGAGUGGUCUCCAUUCUGGUUUGACUUCCUUCUCUUUGUUCUUUUGGGGAGCGGGGGGAGUGAUAUCAGUUGUUGACUCUUCCAUACCACGAUACACGAAACUCUCGUCUUCCAGAGAGCUGUCAUGACCAAUCAUAAUCCAUCAUCUAAGGCCAGCCCAUCGAUAGGAGUCCCAAACUCGGGGGAAUGUUAGCCGUGGCAUACGUUAGAUUUAGGACAUAGAAAGGCUUUGGAUUUGUUCCUUGUGAAAGGUCGGACUGCUUUUUGAAUAGAGGAAUGGGGUGGGAGGGUGGGGGGAGGGGAAGGGGACAGGAAUGGUCUUGGAGGCCAAGGGAUGGAAAGAAAGGAGGUGUCAUGCCUGGAAACUGGCAUAGGAUUUGCCGCUUUGUUGUAAUAGGUCUCAUUGCCAGACUUUCUAGGUAUUAGAACCUUCUAGGUUCUUUUGGUGACCAGAACUUGAAGGGACUGUCAGACCUGGGUACUGGAUCUUCUGAUUACCAGACCUUAAGGGUAUCAGACAUCCCAAGUACUGGACCAUCUGGGUGUCAGACCUUCUGAUUGAUUGCACUGUGUCAUAACCAGGCAGUUCCUUUGAGGGCAACUGAGCGUGCAACAGCCUCGGAUGAGACAGUAUGGAUAGAAAAGAAACACAGGGAUCUCAAGUCAUGCAUCAGGAUGUCUGCUUUCCAGGACCUGCCAUUUCCUGGGUGGUAGAGGAAGUCGCCAGGCCCAAGCACCCAGAGAGAGCCCAGGAAAUCCAUCAUCCUGAGCUGACCUCCCUAGGAGAGGUGAGGUAUGGGAUCAGUUUUAAGGCAGGUGUAGUGGCAUCCUCUGAUGGAGACUAUGCCACCGCUGCUUGGUGGGACACUCUCUGGCAUGUCAGGGCAGGCACAGCCAAGUAGAUUAGGACCAGAGCACCGGAAGUCCUUACUGCCCAGCACCAGGUCCUAGAUGCUGCUAACGCUAUUUUGUUCAUUGAAGAAGUGUUUGAGUAACAUUUGAGGUACUUCCAGGGAAAGGACUAUGGGGGCAGUAAGGAAAAUAGGGUGAAAUAGGGAUCAUGGAGCAAUAGCAAUAAAUAUUUCCUAAACUCCUGGAGCUGGAAGGGACCAUUUUGUCCAACCCCUUCCUUUUACAGAUGAAAAAACCAAGACCCAUAGUGGGGAACUGACUUGCCCUAGGUCACACAGCAAGUGAAGCUACCUAAAGAAGGGGCCAACAUGAUGAGAGCUGGACAGCAAGUGGGCAUAAAGCAAUAAAGGCAAACAACCAGAGGGAGGAGGACACAGCAGAGGAAGAAGCAUCCUUGGGAAAUAACACAGGAGGCACAUAGCAGGUCACACUCCUAAAGGCCAAGCCUUUCAGGAGAGGGUGAAAGGAAGGGAGCAGGGCUCCCAGUGGGGCCAGAAAAGUGUGGCACCUCAACAUGGCCUAGAUUUAAGCAUCCUCUGGGUGCUGUAGGACCAAAUAUCCUUUAAGCCGGGCUAGGAAAACAAAAUGGAGAUUGUACUCAGAGGAGGAGGAGGACAUGCUGAGAAAGGGAGAUAGAUUACCAUCUGAGGUCCCAGGACCCUGUCCCAGGACAUAAUCCUGAAAAGCAACUCGAGUUGGGACCACUGGGCCAGAUACUGGCCAAAGCCUUGGAAAAGGUGAGGGAAAAGGUGCCCUCCCUGUAUUGUUUGCGGGCAAAAGGGGAAGUCUUAACAUUUCCCUGGACCAUUGGAUGAAAUGGACUUGUAAGAAAAUCUUACAGCUUCCAACUGGGCUUUCAGUAACUAUUUGGUGGUGUUCAGUGUCGGGUAAGAAAAAGAAGGAAUGAAAAGAGAAACCGACCCUUACAGAGUGUACAUCUUAUUCCAUUCUUUAAAUAAUGGCUUUCCUUAGAAAAUUAAGCCAAUUCAAAUUUGUUUUCAGUCCCCUCAGAACAAAAAUAGACUCAAAACUGGAAGGGCACUUGGGUCAUCUUCCAUACAAAGCAAAAUUUCUCCUUCAAGCCUCCUCACAAAGGAGGUCAUCCUAGCCUUUGUUUUGUACCUGAUAUAGAAAAGCAAUGGUCAUGAUUUUUAAAGUCAUUGAUUGCUUAGUAUUUCAGUGACACAAUGAUUUCCAUGGCACUUGGUUAUAACCCUUCUAUACUUAUCCAUCCAUUGAGAUUCUUGGCUAUGUCCUUCUCUGAUAUCUCCAUAGAGGAUACACCUGCCACACCAGAAGCUUCCUUUGGGCCUUUUCAUAUUUCUUGUGUCCUGGCACAGCACUCAUUCAGGCUCUCCCAUCUGUUGUCCCUUUCUUGCUUCAUGGGGGGAAAAGUCAUUAUCGAAAGUGGUUUUUAAAAUAGAUAAUUUCAGAAAUUUCAGAAGUAACAAAGAUACACAUACAUAUAUUUACAUAUAUAGUAUACACCUGAUGGUGUUUUGGGCUAUGCCUCAAUUUGUUUUUAAAAUAAACAACUUCCAGUGUUAACCCACAUAGUUUUACAAAGACACCCACCCUAUUUUGGUUUUAUAAAUCUUGAUUUAUGGAUCUCUAACAUCGCCUUAAAUAAUCCUUGGAUGGAGCUAUGAUCUCAGCAAUGCUGCUAACCCCUUCUAUUUCUUCUUAUCCCCUGCAAUUCUCAAUUCUUUCUGUAAAUUUUCCAUAAUGGUUCCAUCCAGUACAAUGAGGGACUUCCCCAAGUUCUUUUAAUAUUUUGUGGAUACCAGUAGACAUCACACGUUAUUGCCACCAAAUCAAAAACAAAAAAGAUGCCUCCCAUAUUUAUGGCACCAGACAAAGACUUCACGGUAUUUUCUCUUCCAAUAUUGGAUUUGUUCCACCCUAAAACUAGAAGAAGGGCAGGAAAAGAGUGAUUAUCUCCAUUUCACACAGGAAGAAGAGGCCCACAGAAAGGAAAGGACUUGUCUAAAGUCACACAGUUAAUUUAUGGCAGAGCCAAGACAGGUACUGCAGUCUUCAGCACCAUGCUGCCUCAGUUUUCCUGAAGUCCAUGUGGGAAAAGAGUGAGGAAGUGAGGUAAAGAGAUUUCAGAAGUUUUAUGCUCAGACCAUAUUUCUAUCAGCAUCGAUGGUAAAAGAAAGGAAGCUAAUUGACCUUGUAGCUCUGAAAACUGCAUUGUUUUAGAGGCCUUCAGCGUGUGUCUAGGAGGGUGUUUGUGAUGGAGAAUGCUUAUAGGUAUGAUGACGUAUUCUGUUCCUUAACCAGAGGUAUCCUUGCCCUUGGACUCUGAAACCCAGGGCCUGAUUGAAUCACAGAGAAGUCACAAAAAAUUCAAAACCAGACCCCAACUACAAGCAAGUUAGCCCAGGGUUGGCCAAGAAGGACUAGUUUCAUAUGGCCUCAGUUGUUAGUACCUCUGAGUAAAAAGAUCUUGGCCACUUGGGGAAGAAACAUAAGAGAGAAAGAAAGUGAGAGAGAAAAAACAACAACUGUCUAGUUGAACAAUUUGAUGUGUAUGUUGGCAGGAAUGAUUAAGAGUCAGGGAUGUUAGGAGGAGAGAGCACUGGUAGGGACUGUAUCUUUGGGGGCUCCCUUGCUUGGCUGUCUUCACCUUAGUUUGGAGGUAACUAUUAGUAGGUCACAUUUCUGAAGGGAAAUAUUAGUACUUACUUGGUGCUUUAUAUAUGUUAUAUCAUUUAAUCCUCUCAACAAUUCUACAAGAUCAACAGUGCAAGUAUUAUGGUCCCCAUUUUACAGAUGUGGAAACUGAGACCAAGAGAGGGGAAUCAAUUUGCCCAACGUAACAGAGCUGGCUCUGGAAACCCAAUUUUGUGCUAGUAACAGAGCUAGCACUGGAAACCCAAAUCUGAAUGCCCAGGCCAGGAACCCAAAUUGUCUUGCAACAUAUUUCUACCACCAUUACCCUUAGGAGACACUCACACUCAGGCAAAUGUAUAGGAUGAUAAGCUUGGAUAGAAUUCAAUAUUCUAAAGUUAGAGAAGGCCUUAGAGACAAGUCUUCUAGUCUAAGGGUUCUUAACCGUGAGUAAAGCCAAUGGACCCCUAUUCAAAGUUAUGUUUUUAAAUGCAUAAAAUAUGUAAGAUUGUGAAGAGAACCAAUCAUUGAAAUGUAGUUGUCUCAGGUACUUCCUAGCUGUUUGAGUCUGGACUAGUUACUUAACCCAGAUUGCCUCACCUGUGUCCUUCUUGUCUUAGAAUUGAUACUAAGUUAGGAGGCUACGGGUUUAAAAGAAAAAUGCCAUUAUCAAAAUUUUUCAAAAAACAAGUUCAUGUAUCUUAGGUCAAGAAUGUUUGAAGGAAUUCAACCCCUCAAGAAGCAAACCUUUUGAUUUAAGGUUAGAGAAAGGAUGUCCACAACAUUUAGCCAGCCACUAAUAUGAAAGGAAGAAAAUUGAGUUUGUAUGUCAGAGAUGAAAGUGGCCCUAGAGCCCUGAGUGUGAAAGUCAGAAGUCCAUUUAGAAUGAAACAGAGAAGGUCUGAAUUAGAAAGGGAUCUAAGGAAAUAGAAUAUUAGAAUAGAAUACAGUUAACCUGGAGAAAGACUUCAGGGAUGGAGCAAUUCUACCUCCUCGUUCAAAGAGGAAGAAAUUGAGAUUCGUAGGAGAAAGUCACUUGUCCCAUGUUGCACUGAGUUGGUGUCUGAGCUGGAAUUAAAAAAGCAGGCCUCCUGAUUCUUGGAAGAGGACUCCUUUCCCUGCUGCACAGUGGGAAUGUGCACCAGGAUGAGCCAGAGAAGCAGUGAGUGGGGAGGCCUGUUAGAGGCUAGUUGCACCUCCCAUCCCCAGGCAAGUAAAUUUAAAAAUAUUUAUCAAACACCCAAGAUGACACAACCCCUACUGUUAUGAAGUUUGCAUUUGGAUGGGGAAAAAGACAUACACAAAUAACUCAGACACCUGAGUGUCUGAGGAAGAGUAAGAUGAGGCAGAAGACAAACCCCAUUUGACUUGGUACAGUACAACAGCACAGCUCAUUUUCUUCAUUGUAAGGAGUCUGGGACACUUGCCCUCUCCACCCUCACCCCCACCCCUCACCCAUAAGGGAGAAAGGAAGAGAUUACCUUGUAUUUUGGCCCCACAAUGAAAGGUAGGAAGGACCUUAGGUCAAUGUCAAAGCUGAGAGGGGCCAUAAAGAUCACCUAGGCCUCACCACAUCCCACCACCAUAUUUUAUAGGGGAUAGAUUUCAUUGUGAUAUGAGGGAAAACAACAGUCAGGGCAAUGGGCCACUGGAGGCCUUUGAGCAGAAGCUGCUUACUGCUUAAUGGCAAUAUUGAGGGCAUUCCUAUCCAAAUACAAGUGAAAAUAUUGUGAACUCCCCUUAGUUCUAUGAUUUUCCAAAACCUUGAGUUAUAACUCUUCAGAUAGCAAAGAACAGUGAUUGAUGGACACGAUCCUGCUCUGGGGGUCUGGCCGCAAAAGCAUUAAGUGGUUGCCCUCAGCCUUGGGCUCCUUUGCUAAGUGGGAGAUGGGAGCAUCAUGUAGUGGAAAGGAACCCAAGUUCAAGUUUGAUCUUUCACAUUGAAUGAUGGCAAGAGCACUAGAAUUGGAAGUAGGAGAACUGGUUUUGCAUCUCAUGUCUAAUUUCUAACUAUGUGACUUGGGCUGAGUUGCUUUGUAGACCUGGACAUCCUAUGUUAACUUACCCAACUGCCUAGCCCUGUGCUGUCCAGCACAUUGGAGAGUACUAGAUUGGGAGUCAGAAGAUCUGGCUUUGCAUCCUACCAUGUGACUGUGGGCAAGGCAAGUCAGGCCCUCUUUCUGGGCCUUUGUCUUUCCCCAUUUGUCAUAGAGGGAUAGUAAUACUUGCACUACCUACCUCAUAGAGUUGUGAGGAAAGCACUUUGUAAACCUUAAAACACCCUGGCAAUGGGAGCCAUUAUCAAAAAGAGGAGGCCAAUCUUCCUAUACCUGUGCCUGCUUCUUGAUAGGUAAUGAACAGGACUUACAAAACACAAUGACCAUUUCCCAGAUCCUUACUGUAAGCAGGCAGUGAAAGAGAUGCUAAGUUCAGCAAAGACUUGGGUGGACCAUCCCUUCAGACUUGCAAUCCUUUAGGUGAUGCUUUAAGGGAGGUGAUGAUGGGAGCCUAGAGUGUUAGUGAUUUAAUUUGUUUAACAAUGCUGCUGCCGCCAUAGGGUCUCGGAUAGCUUUGUUCUCUGUUCCAAACUGCAAUAAGGCCUUGAACCAAAUAUUACCAUGGAAGCGUGACCCCAGAAAGAACCCCGAGUAGACAAAUCUUAACUUGCAUUUUAUUACCGAGCAUAAUCUCAUAAGCUUCCCUUUUCAUGAUAACUGAGAAACUCAUCAGCCCAGCUCUAGUUUUCUGAUAUCAGCAUUUCCCAAGAGGUUGGAAGAUGAGGAUGAGAAGACUUGGUCAUUAUAGAGUCAGGACUCCAAGGAUAAGGGCACUGUCAUUCCAGCAUUAGCUAUGUGCCUUAGGGGAGGUACUUUCCCUCCCUUGGGUCUUAGUUGCUUCAUCUGUAAAAAUAGGGUAUUGAAGUAGCUGAUCUAAGGUUCCUUCCAGCUCUACCAUUCUUUGAUUCUCUUUAUGAUAGGGUUGGGGUGGGAUGGGGGUAAAGUGAUCACCAUUUCUAGAAACACCAAAGGCUUUAGGUUGACCAAACAACAUGACCUAGAGAGUAGUCAGGGCCGUGUUAGAACUUUAAAUGUGCUUGACUAUCCCAGUAUUUACAGCUUUGUUGACCUAUUUAAAUAUUUCGUGUAGAAUUAGAUGACCCCUAUGAUUUUUUAAGAACUAGGUGGGACCAGAUAUUAUGAUAACGAUCACUUAACCAUCUCACCCCAUUUAACAGAAGAGGGAACAACCAGCCCCUGUUCACAUAGCAAGUCUGGCUGAAGUCAAGAUAUGAGGCCAAGCCUCCAACUUCCCAGUCUAUAGAGAUCCCCCUCCCCUCAUUCUACCUUACAAAUCAUGGUGUAGCUAGAAGCAGAGAUUAUAGGUGGUGAUCUCUGGCAAGACCUUUUCCCUCCCAAACAAUAGUUUGCUUCUUCCUCUGUAAAAUAAAGAAGUUAGACUCAAAUGAUCUCUACGGUCCCUUUGGACUCCAAAUUCAAUGUUUUAUGAAGGCUCUGAGGUUUCUCUAGUACAAGGACUUCUACAGAAAGUGGCAGAUAAGGGUCUCUAAGAUUCCCAUGGCUUGUGGCACCUUGGGGCUCCAAGUUUUGACUUUGGAGAAGAAUGUCAAAGCUGCACCUCCCCAUCUUGAGAAAGUGCUCCCGGUGGGGAGUGGGGCAGUGUCUGAGUAGACCAGCAGAGAAGAGCCCAAGCAUCUCUCUCAGAAAGGUGAUGGGGGGAAGAUUAGGGAGGAGGAAACUUACACACCACACAGUCAAAUGUAGGCACAGCUGCCUGGGGAGAUGGUGGCCUGGUUGUUUGUCUCCUUUAUCCCUUCUUAAGGGUUGUGAAACUCUUGAAAUAGUAGUUCCUGUUUCUAUGGCUAUAGCUAACAAAAAGCAUUUUCCUAACAAAAUCUCUAGGAAGUAGCCAAUCCAAGGCUUAUUAACCCUAUUUUAUAGAGUAAGGAGACUGAAGUCCAGAAAAGGGUCAGUGUCUUACUCAAAACCUGCAUCUAGUAAAAAAGCUGGGACUUGAAGAGAAAUCUCCUGAUCUGUGGUCCAGAUUUCUUCUUUAUACCCUGCUUCCUCACUAAAUUGUUUUUGAGUUUGGCAGAUUGAUACUCCUUCGGUCCACAAACUUAUCUGUUAGGUUCUUGUAGUCUUUCCUCAGUUUCAUCACGUGUUACCUCUGCAAUGUGCUAUUGGGUCCUGACGACUUUUUAGUUCCACCCAAGAAAAAGGCCAGCUGAAGAGGGAGCAAAUGAAUCUAGCAUUUGGGCUGGAGCCAGGGCAGGUAGUCCAGGAGAGUGGUGCAGGUCAUGGAAUCUGGCUCUGGCAGCAUCUUUCAAGUGGAAGCGCUAGCCUUCUAGGAUGGUGAGUACUCUGCCUGGAACAUUGGUGAGGCCCAUGUUCUUUCCAUGUCAGCUCCCAACAGCAGCUAUAGCUUAUGUUUGGAGAGAUUGAAUAAUACCAUAACCAGUGGCUUGGCAAGGACACCAUCACCCACUAACCGUUCCCUACCCCGCGACGUGCACAAGGGGAAGUAAUGAUAUCAUCCUCCCAUCACCAGGGGUUCAGUUGAGGAUAUCCUUGGUUUGCCACAGUCAUAUAGGCCUAAUUGGGCGCAGAGAACAUUUCCCCCUACCUAGAAUGGUGAUCCGUGACAUCUGGAGGCCUGUGUAUUGCCUGGUUCUUAUUCUCGUACAGAUCGACCACAUGGUUUGCGAAGGGAGCGGAAUGGAUCUAACAUGGCUUCUCAGUAGCACCCUUUGUAUCUCCCAACCUCGUCCAACAUCAGCAUUCAAUCCGUAGCUCAUCCCAGGGGAUAUGCAUUCCUAUGAUAUUUAACCUUUUGGGGGGUAUAUGAUUUUGUAUUUUCUAAAUUAAUUUUAAUCUUCAGGUUGGAUCCCAAUUUUCAGAUUUUAUUGGGACCCACACACAAAGAGAAAACCUAUUUUAAAAAACCACCUUUGACCAAUGUCUUCCAAACUCGAUCCAAGGACUUUAAUGUAUUUUAGAGACACAGCCUGGAGUUUUUAAGAAUAUGGCAGCCCUGCAGCCCCAGCUUGUGUGUAUGAAAUGUCAAUCUGACUUGGUUUGUUUGGGUUUCUGUUUCUGUUAUUGUUUUCUUUGUUUUUGAAGAUCAGCGUGAUCUCCCAGACAGAUUUAAGCCAAGAAUUUGUAACUGUAUGAUACUCACUGUAAGAUGUAGAACAUUCAAUAACUAUUAAAAUGUUUCCCAAAAA